AUGAAAAAUAUUUUGUUUAAAUAUUUAUUAUUUUUACUAAUAUAUUUAUUUAAUGUUGAAUCUUCAAAAAUUUUAGUUUUUAGUCCAACUAUAAGUCGAAGUCAUAUGAUUUCCAAUGCUCGAAUAGCUGAUACUUUAGCUAGUGAUGGACAUAAUGUUACACUUUUAGAAGUUGAAUUUCUUGCAAAGGUGGGAGAGUUAAAUGCUUCAAAAGUUGCAAAUACACUAUUAGUGCCGGGUCAAUUUAUAGAUCCAAAGGAAUUUAAUUCAUCCAUGAUAGCUGAAAUGUCAUUUAAGAGUGUCUUUUUACCUAUGGAUUUUCUAGUGGGUACUAUUUUACAAACAUCUUUCAAUAUUGCUUGUGAAAGUAAGUUAAAGAGAGAGGGACAAAUCACUGUACAAUCAAAAUACUGGCAGAUAUUAUUUUUAUAUAUUUUUUGGGCAAAUAGCACCUCGGUCGAACAACUAAUAAAUAAAAACCAAGAAGUGUGCCGAAAUAAACGUGGGAUACAUGAGGCGAAAUUAAACAUCCAGGAGGUUUUAAAUCCGCGGAAAGUAAAAAAGGAGGGAUGCGAAUUACAAUAAAU